GCAGCAGGAGGGAGUGGAGGAGAGUGUAUCAGACGAAAUAAAAGGACAAUUUUCAAUCAAGACGGCUCUAUAAAAAAUAUUUAUUAGGAAGGAAGAAUCUUCAGCUCCUCAAGCCCUGUCAUUACAGCCUUUCAACUGUGUAGAGCUCCUCUAGUUGAGAUGCGGGGGAGUAUGAUGAGCUGAUUGAUGAGCGUUGAUCAUGAAGCCCAGAGUUAGUGCUGCCUGGUCCAUCACAGAGUCUAUGACCCUAUCUUAAGUUUUAGAGGAAGAGAAUGAGGAAAUGAGAUAAAGAGAAAGUGGACGAGUGGAGGACUGCACCCCCAGCGUCCCCCAGUCCUGAAGCAGCAUGUCAGGACUCCAGCUGGUCACCCCCGCCUCCAAUCCCAUGGGGCCUUUCUUUGGUCUCCCGUGGCAACAGGAGGCCAUCCACGAUAACAUCUACACACCUAGGAAAUAUCAGGUUGAACUUCUUGAAGCAGCUCUUGAACACAAUACUAUCGUCUGUUUAAAUACUGGCUCAGGGAAGACCUUUAUUGCAGUACUCUUAACUAAAGAGCUUUCCCACCAAAUCCGGGGAGACGGGAAGAGGACAGUUUUCCUGGUGAAUACAGCAUCGUCUGUGAUUCAGCAAGCAGCUAGUGUUAGGACCCACUCUGAUCUCCAGGUUGGAGAAUACACCAGCACGGAGAAGACCUCUUCAUGGUCUGGGGAAAAGUGGAGCCAAGAAAUGAUCGAAAAUCAGGUGCUCGUUAUGACUUGCCAUGUCUUCCUGCAUGUGCUGAAGAAUGGAGUGUUGCCACUAUCGAAACUCAACCUGGUGGUGUUUGAUGAGUGUCACCUGGCAAUCACAGACCAUCCCUACCAGGAGAUAAUGAAGCUAUGUGAGGGCUCUCUGUGCAGCCCUCGCAUCCUGGGCCUCACAGCAUCCAUUCUGAAUGGUAAAUGUGACCCGUCUGAACUGGAGCAGAAGAUCCAGAACCUGGAGCGGAUCUUAAGGAGCAAUGCAGAGACCGCUACUGACCUUGUUGUCCUCGACAGAUAUGCCUCCCAGCCCAGAGAAGUGGUGCUGGACUGUGGACCCUACCUGGACAAGAGCGGCCUCUCUGAGCGUCUGCUGAGCGAGCUGGAUGAGGCUCUCCACUUCCUCAACGACUGCAACAUAUCUGUGCCUCGAGAGGAUAGAGACCCCACCUUCAUAACCAAACAGGUGUUGAAUGACUGCCGGGCGGUGCUGCUGGUGCUGGGGCCGUGGUGUGCCGACAAGGUGGCUGGCAUCAUGGUGCGGGAGCUACAGAAGUACAUCAAACACGAACAGGAAGAGGUCAACAGGAAGUUCCUGCUCUUCACUGACACCAUCCUGAGGAAGGUCCACGCUCUGUGCGAGGAGCACUUCUCCCCGGCUUCUCUGGACCUGAAGUUUGUGUCUCCCAAAGUCAUCCGUCUCUUAGAGAUCCUCCAUGAGUACAAGCCCUUCGAGAGGCAGCAGUUUGAGAGCGUGGAGUGGUAUAACAAUCGCAACGAGGACAACUACGUAUCGUGGAGCGACUCAGAGGACGAAGACGAGGAUGAGGAGGUGGAGGUGAAGGAGAAGCCCGAGGCUAACUUCCCCUCGCCAUUCACCAACAUCCUGUGUGGGAUAAUCUUCGUGGAGAGGCGCUACACGGCCGUCAUCCUCAACCGGCUGAUAAAGGAGGCCGGGAAGCAGGACCCAGAGCUGGCCUACAUCAGCAGUAACUUCAUCACAGGCCACAGCAUCGGCAAGAACCAGCCACGCAACAAACAAAUGGAGGUAGAGUUCAGGAAGCAGGAAGAGGUUCUGCGUAAAUUCCGAGCCCACGAGACCAACCUGCUCAUAGCGACCAGCAUCGUGGAGGAAGGAGUGGAUAUUCCCAAGUGUAACCUGGUGGUGCGGUUCGACCUGCCCACUGAGUACAGGUCCUACGUUCAGUCUAAAGGCCGAGCCAGAGCUCCUGUAUCCAACUACAUCAUGCUGGCUGACAGUGAGAGGACCAAGACCUUUGAGGACGACCUGAAGACCUACAAGGCCAUAGAGAAGAUUCUGAGGAAUAAGUGUUCCAAGGCAGCGGGGGUCGGUGAGUUUGAGGUGGAACAGGUGCUGGAUGAUGACAACAUCCUGCCUCCAUACGUGCUCCGCUCUGAGGAUGGAGGGCCCCGCGUCACCAUCAACACGGCCAUCGGACACAUCAACAGAUACUGUGCCCGUCUGCCCAGUGACCCGUUUACCCACCUGGCACCCAAGUGUAAGACCAAGGAGCUGAAGGAUGGGCGCUACCAGUCAACCCUCUACCUGCCCAUCAACUCCCCUCUACGGGUGCCCGUUGCUGGGCCGACAAUGAACUGUGCAAGACUGGCAGAGAAAGCAGUAGCACUACUUUGUUGUGAAAAGCUUCACAAAAAAGGUGAGUUAGAUGACCACUUGAUGCCUGUGGGGAAGGAGACAGUAAAGUAUGAGGAGGAGCUGGAUCUCCAUGAUGAGGAGGAGACCAGUGUUCCAGGCAGGCCAGGAUCCACCAAGAGGAGGCAGUGCUACCCUAAAGCUAUACCAGAGUGUCUUCGGGACAGUUACCCUGUACCAGAGCAGUCUUACUACCUGUAUGUGGUCGGCAUGGUCCUCACCACCCCUCUGCCUGAUGAGCUCAACUUCCGGCGCAGGAAGCUCUACCCUCCAGAGGACACUACCAGGUGCUUCGGCAUCCUGACCGCCAAACCUAUACCUCGGAUCCCCCAUUUUCCUGUGUACACACGGUCUGGUGAGGUGACCAUCUCCAUCGAGCUCCAGAAGGCAGGGUUCACCCUGAGUGCUGUCCAGCUGGACCUGAUCACCAGAUUACACCAGUACAUCUUCUCUCACAUCCUCCGCCUGGAGAAACCUGCUCUGGAGUUCAAACCCACGCAGGCCGACUCAGCCUACUGCGUUCUACCUCUCAAUGUUGUUGAGGAUUCCAACACUCUAGAUUUGGACUUUAAAUUCAUGGAGGACAUAGAGAAGUCUGAGGCUCGUAUUGGCAUUCCUACCACCCAGUACACCAAGCAGAACCCCUUCACCUUCAAACUGGAAGACUACCAAGACGCUGUCAUCAUUCCACGGUAUCGUAACUUUGACCAGCCUCACCGUUUCUACGUGGCUGACGUUUACACAGACCUCACGCCGCUCAGCAAGUUCCCGUCGCCGGAGUAUGAGACUUUUGCUGAGUACUACAAAACCAAGUACAACCUGGACCUGUCCAAUGUAAACCAGCCACUAUUGGAUGUCGACCACACCUCCUCACGACUGAACCUGUUAACCCCUCGCCACCUGAACCAGAAGGGGAAGGCACUGCCCCUCAGCAGUGCAGAGAAGAGGAAGGCCAAGUGGGAGAGUCUACAGAACAAACAGAUCCUGGUCCCAGAGCUGUGUGCCAUUCACCCCAUCCCAGCCUCUCUGUGGCGGAAGGCUGUGUGUCUCCCCAGCAUACUGUACCGCCUCCACUGCCUCCUCACAGCUGAGGAGCUGAGGGCCCAGACAGCCAGCGACGCUGGAGUAGGAGCCCAGACCCUGCCCCCUGACUUCAGGUAUCCAAACUUGGACUUUGGAUGGAAGAAGUCCAUCGACAGCAAGUCUUUCAUCUGUCCGUGUGAUGAGGAAGAGGAUGAUGAUGAGGAGGAAGAGGACAGUGGUGAUGAGAACUGUAAACAACAAGGCCAGACUGUAGCCCCUGACCCUGCUGUUGCUCAGCAACCCUGUAGUGACUGUCAUGUCUCCUCCUGGCCUGAGAGGGGCGACGUCAGCAAACACCCAGAAGAUGACAGGCCAGAGGAGGAGGAGCCCCAGCAGCCAGACUCUGCCUCCUGCACCAAUACCCUCACUAACGGCACUGCUGCCGUCGCCAAAGACAAUGGUGACUACGGCGACCACGCUAACCUUCACGACGGACGGGAUAACUGCCAGUUCCUCCCGGGUGGCCCUGGUUCGCCACUGGAGAGCGAAGAAGAAGUAUCAACAACAAUGACAACACAAACCACUACCUCAGUUCUUCCUGUGCAGCCCUCUCCAAGCACAGAGAACCAGAAUCUAACCCCAACACCACCCCAGACCCAGUCUCAGCUUCAGCCCCGGACCCAGCCUCGACCCCACCAGGCUAGCGAUGAAUGUAAACCAGGGGGGACCACAGAGCUCCGUGAGGGCGAUGGACACCACAUGAAUCAAGCUACCUCAGACUCCUGCAGCCCAGCAACAGUGAUGUGGCCCAAGGGCACUGCUCCCAUCACAACCACAGCACCUUUACCUGACUACUCAAAGACCCAGGAGACCAGCUCCACAGGGGGGGACACCCCUGGCCCCUGCCCCAAGACCCUGGGGCCCAACCCGGGGCUUAUCCUUCAGGCCCUGACCCUAUCCAACGCUAGCGAUGGCUUCAACCUGGAGCGUCUGGAGAUGCUGGGAGACUCGUUCUUGAAGCACGCCAUCACCACCUACCUGUUCUGUACUUACCCUGACGCACACGAGGGACGACUCUCCUACAUGAGGAGCAAGAAGGUGAGCAACUGUAACUUGUAUCGUCUGGGGAAGAAGAAAGGUCUUCCUAGCAGGAUGGUAGUGUCCAUCUUUGAUCCGCCGGUCAACUGGCUGCCCCCUGGCUACGUGGUCAACCAGGACGAGAGCAGCGAAGACAAAUGGGACGAGGAUGAGGCCAAAGAGGACCCCCUAGACAACGGUAGUGCUGGAGAGGAGUUAUGUGAGGAUGAGGAGGAGUUAGAGGAGGAGGUGCUGGAGGAGGAUGAAGAUCUGAUGUGGAAGGAGCCUAAAGAAGAAGUCAACAUCGAGGAUGACCUGGAGUACUACCAGGAGCACAUCAAGUUCAUCGACAACAUGCUCAUGGGCACCGGUGCCUUCGGCAAAAAGAUCUCCCUCAGGACCUUCCCCCCUGCCCUCACCACCGCGGCCCCUGGCCCCAGCCCCUCCGCCCGCUCCUCCUCCCCUGCAGCCGAGCCCAGCUACGGGGAGUGGAAACCCCCCAAGAAACCUGUCCCGGUCCCCACCCCCCACUACCCCUCGGAGCCUAGCGGUGGUGGCUCAGCAGAUGAGUUUGACUACAGCUCGUGGGACGCCAUGUGUUACUUGGACCCCAGCAAGGCGGGGGAGGAGGAUGAUUUCGUGGUGGGUUUCUGGAACCCGUCUGAGGAGAACUGUGGAGUGGAGCUGGCGAAACAGUCCAUCUCCUACGACCUGCACACGGAGCAGUGCAUCGCUGACAAGAGCAUCGCUGACUGUGUGGAGGCACUGCUGGGCUGCUACCUCACCAGCUGUGGGGAGAGGGCUGCUCAGAUGUUCCUCUGCUCACUGGGACUCAAGGUGUUACCGGUGGAGAGUCGGAGUCGGAGUCUGAGGGAGGAGGGUGGAGUCACAGAGGUAGCGAACCUUGACCUCCAGUAUGGCUGGCUGAAGAUCCCGCCCCGCUGCAUGUUCGACCACCCGGACGCCGAACGCACCCUCAACCACCUCAUCUCCGGCUUCGAGAACUUUGAGAGGAAGAUCAGCUACACCUUCCAGAACAAGGCCUACCUGCUGCAGGCCUUCACACACGCCUCCUACCAUUAUAAUACCAUUACAGAUUGUUACCAGCGGCUGGAGUUUCUUGGCGAUGCAAUUUUAGACUACCUCAUAACGAAGCACCUUUAUGAAGACCCGCGCCAACACUCUCCCGGCGUGCUCACAGACCUGCGCUCGGCACUCGUCAACAACACUAUCUUCGCCUCCCUGGCCGUCCAGUACGACUACCACAAGUACUUCAAGGCUGUGUCGCCCGAGCUGUUUCACGUCAUUGACGACUUUGUGCAAUUCCAGCUGGAGAAGAACGAGAUGCAAGGCAUGGACUCUGAGCUGCGGCGGUCAGAGGAAGACGAGGCGAAAGAGGAGGACAUUGAGGUCCCCAAAGCAAUGGGAGACAUCUUUGAGUCGCUAGCCGGAGCAAUUUACAUGGAUAGCAGGAUGUCACUGGAGACUGUGUGGCAAGUGUAUUAUCCAAUGAUGAGGCCACUUAUAGAGAAAUUCUCGGCUAAUGUCCCUCGCUCUCCGGUGCGGGAGCUGUUGGAGAUGGAGCCAGAGACGGCCAAGUUCAGCCCUGCAGAGAGGACGUACGACGGGAAGGUCCGUGUGACGGUGGAGGUCGUGGGCAAGGGCAAGUUCAAAGGUGUGGGCCGCAGCUAUCGGAUUGCCAAGUCUGCCGCCGCGCGCCGGGCCCUGCGCAGCCUCAAAGCCAACCAACCUCAGGUCCCGAACAACUGAGCGUCACACGCUAACUAGCUAGCUACUGAUGCUAGCAACUGACACUAGCUACCUACAACUGACACUAGCCAACUGAUGCUAGCUGCUAGCUAGAUACCGACGGUAGCUAGUAGCCACUGAUGCUAGCUACUGACGCUAACCAGUAGCUACCGGUGCUAGCGAUUGAUGCUAGUUACCAAUACACCGCAACGUUAGCCCUGUAUCUCCAGCCCUCAACGGCACAACUAAGGCAGCCAGGGAACGUUAUGUAGAGACCUGGGGAUGUCACAACACAACAAGAGAGCUGAUCUAGUCGUAACGGAUUUCACAUUGGAUGUUUUUUUUGCGCAAACACAAUCUUUACUUUACUUCUCUGGUUUGUGUAAUCACGAGAGUGCUUUAUUAAUGUAUAGCAAAGUGUUAAAAAGAAAAAAAAGGUCAGGUGUCACUUUGUUUAUUUCUGUUUUUUAUUUUGUUUUUUUUACUUUGGUUUGUUUAACCUCUACUUUGUGUCAGUGAGAUAUGAGGCUUAUGGUUAUUAUGAGUCGUUUUAGAUUAUACAUAGAGGGUUCAAAUCAAACGUGUAAAUCAAACAAUGCUGAACUCCUCAGUCUGUGCACUAGUGCCAGUUUUAAAGUGGUUUUUAAAACGCUAUGGCUAAGAACAUGGCAAGCAGAGGCCAGACCACCGACAAAAUAGACCAUUGGGGCCCACCUCGGUCUAAACUCUCUUGAGAUGGUAUUCUUAGGAUGCGUCUCAAAUGGCACCCUUUCCCCUAUAUAGGACACUAUGGGUCCUGGUCAAAAGUAGUGCACUAUAUAGGGAAUAGGGUGCCAUUAGGAAUGCAGCGUCAGUCAUUAUUGCACUUAUUCCAUUAGGGUCUGUUAUGUUGAGAAUUGUGUGGUCGGAUGGACACCACAAUACUAUACGUAACAAUAUCUAUAACUAUAUGAUGAAAUAUGAAUAUUAUUUGCCUUACAUACUAAGGCCCUCCCUCGUAUCCUGAAAAAAAAGGAUAGAAAGUCAACAUUCCCAGUUACUGUAAUUUAAAAAUAGUUUUUAAACAGCACUUGAGGAUGCAUGUUCAUGUAGCUUAUGUAUUAAUAACCAUGGCAACUGGAUGGCUUAUAUAAACAUUAUAAAUCUAUCAAUAUAUCUAAAGCAAAAGAAAGAGAUUAUAUGUUUAUUAUGACAUAAGUCGAAACUUUGGUUUCAAGUACACUACCGUUCAAAAGUUUGGGGUCACUUAGACAUUUCCUUGUUUUAGAAAGAAAAGCAAUUUUUUU